UCGAAAGCAUGUAAAUGUGAUGUUUUACAGAAGAGCGUUGCGCAAACACUUAUUUUCUUUUUCUUUUAAAAUUGCUGUAUCAUACAUUUGUUUCGGUCACCUUCGUGGAUUUGUGAACGCCUUCAUUUGCGUAACGCUGUAAAAUGGCUAUUUCAUAAACAACUUGCGACAACUAUAAAUUUCCUUAACUAUGCUCAACAAUGAUGACACCUCUAACUAUUUAUUAUCACCAUUAUUUUUGUCGAUUACAACAACAACAAAUGACAUCAUGCCAACGUUACUUGAAAACAAAAUACAAACAAAAAAAAUAUCCAAUUUAUUUACAUAAAACAUAUUACCUCAUCCGGCUUCUGUGGCUUCUAACGCUGCUGCUUCUUCUUCCUUCUCGCUUGCCACAACAAAUCGUAUUUGACAAACUACUGCAACUUUGUAAACAAAAUGUAAAUGUAUUGAUUUUAUUUGAAUGAUACUUUCUGUUUACAUUUUUACAUAAAAAAAAAUAUAUUUAUCGAUUUAAAAAAUGUGUAAAUAAAAAAACGCUAUUAUAAAAAAAAAACAACAAUCAACAAAACUGCAACGCAAUCCUCCUACACAUGUACAAAUGAAAAUCGAAAAAAAAAACAAACAAAAUAAAAAAUUCCAACGAACCGUACAAUUCGUACCACUGUAUUCUAUUUGAUUCGAAUUGCACUUGACUUGUACAAUCUAAACUUCAUAAAAAUUUUACGAUGAAAUGGUAGGACUUAUCGAAGCCGCCGAGAAGAAAGCACCAGAAGAACUAACAGAGGAGGAUAAAAUGGCAUUAUUGGGUCGUCCCAAAUUGGGUGAAGUGGUGCGCGCUGACUUGCGCAUCAAAGAGAGCAAAGAAUUUAAGAACACUGUGGAUAAGUUGGUGCAAAGGGCGAAUGCGUCCCUCCUCAUUGGUACUUCGUCCUGGAAGGAACAGUUUGCGGAUGCGUUGACAGUAACUGCUGGCGAUGAUGAUGGCAAUGGCGACGGUGGUGAGGAUGAUGAACCGCGAUCGCCAUCAUGUUUUGAUUACAUAUUGCAUUUCGUAACACUUUUCUGGAAACUUAUAUUCGCAUUCAUACCGCCAACAGAUAUUGCCAACGGUUACGUGUGCUUUGUUGUUUCGAUAUGUGGCAUCGGUAUGGUGACAGCACUAAUUGGUGAUGUGGCAUCCCAUUUCGGUUGUACGCUCGGCGUUAAGGAUGCGGUUACAGCGAUUUGUUUUGUAGCGCUCGGCACCAGUUUGCCUGAUACAUUCGCCAGCAAAGUGGCCGCCAUACAGGAUAAGACCGCCGAUGCGAGUAUCGGCAAUGUGACGGGCAGUAAUGCUGUGAAUGUCUUCCUUGGUAUUGGCGUGGCGUGGACCAUGGCUGCCAUAUACCAUGAAUCGCAUGGACGCGCCUUCAGGGUGGAGGCGGGCACAUUGGCUUUUUCGGUGACACUUUUCCUAUCGGGAGCCGUAAUUGCCGUUUGUUUGAUAAUGUAUCGGCGAAAGAAAUCAAUAGGUGGUGAAUUAGGAGGUCCUUCACCACAAAAAUACAUACAUAGCGCCAUCUUCUUCAGUCUGUGGUUGGUAUACUUAAUAAUGAGCACCUUGGAAGCAUACGGAGUCGUCCAGGGAUUCUAAGGGGCACAAGCAGCAGUCAAACAGCAUAGAUGACUACAUACUAUUGCAUACAUACUUUCUUUUUAAUAGCAAAACACACAUACAUAUACAACAUUGUUAAAGGCAUGCAAAACAUAAACGCCUACACAUAAACCUACAUAUAAUUAAGCUGCAUAAAUAGAAAAAAAAAAAGUUUGCGAACAGCGAAAAGGUGCAAAAAAUGUUUUACAAUAUGUGAAAGAAAGACCUGUAUAAAACGAAAAGUUUGGCCAAAAGAAAUAAUAAUAAUAACAACAAAACUAAUGGAAAACUUUGCACGCAUUCAAAUAGAUUAGAGUACUUAUACAAACUGCGUAAAUAUGCUGAAAGUUGAUAUCUCAGCUAAUUAAGUUUACUGCAACUGCCCGAACUCGAGUAUUUAAAUAUAUACUUUUUCUUUUCUUUUUUUUAUGUUUUAAAGUUUCUAAAAAACAUAGGAAGAAACAAAAAAUGUACCACAAUGCGCACCGGCCGGAAUCUAAUUUUUUUGGUUUGCAUAUUCUAAUACAAAUUUGGCUUUUUGAAAAUCGAUACACACAUACAUAUGUAUAUUAUUUAUACGAAUUGGAAGAAAGGUAAAAAUGUUUAGCCGAUCAGAUCAUCCCUAUGCCCUGCCUAUCCCUCUCUUCACCAUAUAUGGGACGACUUUUAAUCGUUAACUUUUUCCAACCCAUAAAAUAAAAUUUUAUUCUCAAAUGGAAUUUUUUUGUAAUAAUUAAAUUUGUAUUUGUACCACAUUUUGAUUAAAGCAGAUCUAAUAAAUUUAACUUACUCAAUUCAAAUCGGCCAUAAUAAACAUAUGACAGAUAAAUAAAUAAACACACGAACGAGCUCACUGAGAAGCUCAGCUAAGGCUCCCGCUAUACUCGGUUCUCCCACUCUCCCUAAACGAAGUACAUUCAUUAAAAAAAAAGCAAAUACUACAAUACAUCAGAAUUUUUUGCUUCUGUUUCUUUUUGCUGGAAGCGCAGCGGCAUAUAGAAGUUGAGAAGUGUCCAUACUCAAUCAGUUAUGAUGGAUAAUUAUAAGCUACGUGAGGAUAUUCUAUUUGAUUGGGCGAUAGCCUUUUAGUGGUGUUAUUGUCGUCAAUUAUGCUAUUAUUUGUGUUCAGCACUGCGAAUGAAUUACUUCUGUCUGUCAUAUUUUGAAAAAUUUCGUGCAAGGCGAAUUUCUUAAAAUUAUACGACAAAGUAGAACACAAAGUAGUGAUUUAUUUGUAUAGCCAAAAUAGAAAAAAAAAAAUAUUUGUCGUGUUGAAAUUAUUUUAAAAUACAUUAUAAAAUUUAAAUUUUCAAAUUGGAAAUUUGAAUGUAAGUAAUAAGUUUCGUAAGUUAAUUUUGUGCUGGUAUCCGAAUGUACACGGCGAAAAAAAAAACAAAUCAGCUGGUCUACAGCUACCACCAUUAAUAAAUUCGUCUUGACUGAUGUCAAGUAAAUAUUGCUACACUAAUUUGGAAUUUAUGCCAAAAAGAAUGCAAUUUCGCCCAGUCUGCAAUGUGAAAAUAAAUGUUCCUUACAAAAUAAAUAGUGCGUGCCGUCUUGUAGGGUUGCCAAGUCUAAAUGCAGUACAAAUAGUAACUCUCGUAUUCAACAAUCUAUUUUUAGAGUUGCCAAGACUUGCAAUAUAAAUAGCGAGCAAGCAGCUGUAGACUUGUCAAGACUUCCAAUAUAUAAUAAAAAGUUAGUAUCAGCUUCUUAUUUCAAGCAACUUCGUUUAUACUUAAUAAGUUUUGAAUUGCUCAAAGGCAUUAUUUAUAAAAAUUAUUUAAUUAAAAUUAAUAAAAUUACACACAAAUUUCAACCUACGUAUUUUAAGCUUUGAGACACCGUCUUUGGUUUUUUUCCAUAUUUAAAAGCAACCUUUUUGGUAACGCCGUUGAUAUGCUGAGAAAAAUUAGUUCCAGGUUGUGAGAAUUGUAUUAAAACUAUAAGAAAAUAUUUCGAUUUGGAUUUCAUUCAUUGUAGACAUUUAAAACUAAUUGAAAAAAAAUAGAAGUUGUUUGCGACAGGAAGCAAAAUUUUGAAAUUUAGGAACAAAUUUCGAAUAACAAAGAACUAUCUGCCUAAUGUAAAGAAGUCAACUCUAUUUCAAAAAAAGAAGCACUCAAAUUGACGUCCAAACUUUCUCCUGGUUCUGUUUUUUAAUAAAAUUGAAUUUGUGCGAUAUUUUAAAUAAAAAAUAGUAAUUUUUUCCAUGAAGUCACAUUAAGAAAAAGCACUCAAAUUAUCGUCCAAACUCCCUACUGGUUCUGCUUUUUUAUAAAAUUGAAUUUGUGCAAUAUUUUAUAUAAAAUAAAAAGUUCUCACAUUGACUACUAAACUUCCUCAUUGCUCUACUUUUUUAAUAAAAUUGAAUUUGUCCGGUAUUUUAAUUAAAAAAUGGAAUUGUUUAACAUUAUUUAACUGAUUCACAUUGAAAUUAUUUAGCUGAGACUAUCAACUUUCAUUAAUAUUAUCUACACGUAAAAAGAAACACAAAUCAGAAAACCACUUUAUCUAAGUAAAAUUUCAUACUUCGAAUGCUCUAAAAACAAAAACAAAAAGCAAAAUACAAAAAACUAACUAAUGCUAUUUAGAAGCUAUACGACAUAAUCACGCUUGAAUUGAAUUAUAUACAUACAUACAUACACUAGAUGCAAGCGUGGCAAACUUUAAGCCCAUAUGAAAAAAUAAAGAAUAAUUUUAAAAAAUAUCUAAACAUUUUGCACUUUGCGGUAAGACGGCAACCAUAGUUUCAGUAGGCAACAGAACGAAUGUUAACAGAAGAAAACAACAAAAAAUUGUUAAAAUCAUUACUAGCAAAAAAAAAAAACAAAAGCAGUUAUAUAAGAAAAGCAAAAAUAACACAAAGAAAAACAAUCAUACAAACUUUGGCUACAAGUCCAGACAACAUUUUAAGCAAAUCUUACAUAUGUACAUGCAGUCUUGCAUACAUACAUACAUACAUACAAGCAUACAAGCAUACAAGCAUACAGGCAUACAAGUCUAGAUAAAGUGUAGCUAAAAGUAGUGAUUUGACAGCAAAUUUAAAUGAGCAAUAGUGGGGGAUAUUUAUGUGACAAGGAUAUUGAGGAUAUUUUAAUCUGUGCUGCAGCAGCUGCACAGAAGUACGUACUUUAAAAGCAAACGAAACAACAACAAGUAUAAUGACUACAAUAACAACAAAAUAAGCAAAACAUGCAAUAAACUUGUAUUACUAAAUUUAAUUUAUUUUUAUAUAUACAUAUAAUGUUAAUAAUGAUGAAAAAAUUAUGAUAAUAAUAAUAAUAAUGAUAAUAUGUAUGUAUGUAUUAAUAGUAAUGCAACUAAGUUACGCCAUUAAAGAUUUAAAAGUAAAAAAACAUGAAAAUAAAAUGGUAGAAGAGAAUCAUAUUUCAAGAGCUACAGCGAUUUUUAGAGAAAUUUUAUUGUUAUUGUAUUAUUCUUAUAUUGUAUAUGUAAUAUGUAUGUAAUAUUAAUUUAGAAAACGAAAUAUAACAAAAAGCAAAAUCCAAAGUGCAGCAGCAGAAGCAGCACUAAGCUAAUUUAUUUAGCUGAUUUGGCAGCGAAAAUGUGAGCGCAAUUAUAAUUUGAAAAGUUGUUGUUGUAUAGAUGCCACAAGAUGCCGUUUACGUACAGGGCCUUCCAUAAUUAAACGAUUUUUAAUAUAAUUAUUACAGAUUUAAGUGUUAAUUGUUAAUGUUGGAAAUGCUUAAAUAAUUUUAAUAUUUUUUUUUAUAAAACAGGCAUGAGACUCAUUUUCCGUUUGUAAAACAGUUGGGUGCAUAAAAAUUAAAUUUGUGUUUUAAUUAUUUGUAAUAACUAAA